AGACUGUGUUCCUCGACAAUCCCUAGUGCAACGAGAACGUCGUGGAUACACAGCCAGUCGACCGCUCCGUAUUCUCUCCCUGGUACAGGCUUUGGGCAUUACGCGUUCCCAGGAGCACCUCCGUUUACAGCCUCUUCAACCAUCCUCUCUGGCGCUUCGGAGCGUCCCGGAAGCUUCUUGCUCGCCCGCAGCCUUUUGGAAGCGCAUUUUCACGAAAUCUGAUCAUGUCGCGAGCGUCAUCGACUGCUGAUGACGCCUCAGGCAGCGAAGACGAGUUUGCGGAGGCGCAGCCCUCGCUAGCUGACGAACUUGCUGAGGAUUCGCUUGUCAGGGUUGCUAAUGGCGCAGAAGGGUCUGAUCCGAAGCGCUCCUCAGGUGAUGCCAAGCAGACAAUCGAUGCAGCGUCGAAAGUGCACCUGGGAAAGGAUGCAAAACCUUCUGCUUUCCGAAGCCCUUCUCCAGUGAAGACCAAUAGCCCGCCACGGGCCAAAGGCGCAGGGGUAGCUGCUCUCAUGGAACGAUUCCAAGGCGGAAGAUCCACUCCUCCGUCAAGCGCACAGGCCAAGACGGCACCAAAACCUUCAGAUGGAGAGCAACCCUCCUCCAGCGCGAGCUCGUCUGUCAAGCUCUCAGCCCCUACAGCCGUGGCACCACAAGAAAUGAGCGACAGUGACGUUGAAUCGCAAGUCAUUGCAGACAAAGAUGAGCUGCCGCCUUCUAAAGGCGCAACCUCGCUGUUGGAUCCAGAAGAGACGAUCAAGAACCCCUUUUCGAGCUCUAGUGGAGCUGCGACACCCAUCGCACCUACCACGCCCGCUACGUCCACAGGUCCAGGCGCAUUACAAAAUGGCGCAGGAGAGGAUGCCGCGGGUAGAUCAACACCUACAAAGGAGUCUGCAGGUGGAAGUGGCAGCUCAGAUCACUCAGUCACAUCGAGCGCUCCUCCACAACGCUUCUCGACUGUCUCUGAUGCUGGCCAAGCUUCCACGUCUCGAUGGGCAGAUGAAGCUGGAGUAGGCAGUGUCCCCACCGUCGGCUCCGACACUGCAGUGGCUCAGGGCGUUUCCACUUCGUCCGCGUCUGAUCAGUCAGACGGCGCCGCAGAGACGCCGACAGGUCAGGAGGCGCGCUUCAGCAGGGUCAGCCUGACUAGCAGGGAUGGAGAUGCAAACGCUCCUCAACAUUCGCGCAAAGCAAGCGAUCGGCGAAAGACUGUCAUGAUGGGCGGCGUCUCCUUUGCACCAGAAGCUGGAAGCAGCGCGGCAAACACAGAUGGCUCGGCGAGCUUCUUAGCACGGCAGACAGCUAGGAUGAGUAGGGACGAAGAAGCAAUAAGGAACAGCACAGACAGCGCGGAGAAGUUGAAAGAGAGCUUCGACAGGCUGCAGAUGAGAGAGAAGAGGAAGAGCCUGCACGCGAAAAGCGAUAGCUCCAGUCGGUCAAAUGCUAUCGAAGGAGGGACACAAAGCGCCGAAGCAGAGACCUCGAGCGCCGCCGUCUCGAAUGAAGCCAUUACGCCCUCGCGCUCUGGUGGCACCGAUACCUGGGAUGGUCCACCAGCAGAAGAUCUUGGCGAAGAAGCCACAGAUUGGGACUUUUGGGGCGGAGUCAUGUCAAAUUAUCAAGAGGUCGCACAGACCCAGCCAAGGGAGCUUAGCCGCGCUAUCCAAGCUGGCAUACCUGCUGCAUUGCGCGGGAUGAUGUGGCAGCUGAUGAGCAGCAGCAAAAGCGAAGAGAUGGAAAUCGUCUACGCGUACUAUCUCAAACAGACAACGCCACACGAGAAGAACAUACGGAAAGACUUGGCACGUACCUUCCCCGAGCAAGAGUAUUUCGCAGACGGCAAGGGAGUUGGACAAGAGAAUCUCUUCAACGUCAUCAAGGCCUACUCGCUCUUCGACGAAGAAUGUGGCUACUGCCAAGGCAUGCAAUUCGUAGUUGGACCUCUGUUGCUUAACAUGCCCGACGAAGAGGCCUUCUCCACGCUGGUUCGAUUGAUGAAGAGCUACGACCUGAGAGGGCACUUCAUCGUGGGCAUGCCGCGUUUACAGUUGCGCUUGUUCCAAUUCGAUAGGCUACUAGAGGAGCUCCUGCCUCUGCUGUAUCGUCACUUGGUCCGUCAAGGUAUCAAGAGCUCUAUGUACGCGAGUUCUUGGUUCAUGACUUUGUUUGCCUAUCGAAUGCCACUCGGCAUCAUCUAUCGAGUACUCGAUUCGGUCUUCGCUGAGGGUAUCGAAGCCCUCUUCCGCUUUGCGAUUGCUUUGAUGAAGAAGAACGAAGAUCGCCUGCUCACUCUGGGCUUCGACGAAGCCAUUCCGUUGCUGGCCGUCAACGUCGCAGAUGUCUACAGAAGAGCAGACCCUCCAGGCUCAGAGCGCCUAUCUGCGGGGAAAGCAGAGUAUAGAGUCAACGAGUUUGUCAGAGACGCUUUCCAAGUGCACAUUACGCCUCUGAUGUUGGACCAGUAUGCGGCAGAAUUUGAAGAGCAGGUCAAGGCUGCGAACGCGCAUCGCAGGGAGGUAGAGGCCUUGAGGCUGGUCAAUAGGAAUUUGAGUGCCAAAGUCAAGGCCCUCGAAGAGCAGCUGACGCAGGUCAAUGCAGAGCACGUCGACCUCGUCAAAAGCGUCGUCAUGGCCAAGCUCGCAAAAGAGGAGAUGGCCGAAGAGCUGGUGCGAUACAAGAUGAUGUAUGCGGAAGCUGCUCUGCUGGCUGAUCAGUCGAGGGAGAAUGGGCGAUCACCCGGCUCGGAAAGGCCCCCUUCUCACCAAAAUUGGCCUUCGGCUCGUCAAAGCAGCUCUUGAUUCGGAUGUCGACAAAUCACUGUGAAUUAGCGCAAACCAAGCAUUGAUGCAUUUCUUUCCCAGCUC